AUGCCACAACUAAGCAAUUUGGACCUCAUGAAGCUGGCGGAUAGCUUCCCCUACCCAGACACCGAACCCGAAGGCUAUGCCAAGUUCUUCGACAAAUCGAGCGCAACCAAAAUCUACAGCCUCCUCCACCCGACACCAGAUGGCCCUAAAACGAUAGGCUACAUACUCAAAUCCAUGGUUGAAAACCUCCAGUCGAUCCCCGAAUCCAUCUGCGGACCCAUCACAGUCGACGAAGAUGCCCUCACCAUCCAGGCUUUCGAGCUCCCCACCGAGGCCGAGCGGACAGCUGCUGUACAAGCCGUAAUGAAGUACUGGCGAGACAACAAGACGUGGGAAAUCACCGAUGGCUGGCGUAAUGAGCUAUGGCCUGUAUACGGUAGCAACGACGAAGUGCUUUACGAGGUCGAGCGGUCAUGUACGGGACUUCUGGGAGCCAUGCGCUACGGGGUUCACAUGACUGCGUAUGUGAAGGAUGAGGCUAGUAGUCACGGCAUGAAGAUUUGGGUCCCUCGAAGGUCAGCCACCAAGAGCACAUACCCCAGCAUGCUCGAUAACUCAGUAGCGGGCGGGUUGACAACCCGGGAAGACCCAUUUGAGGCUAUGAUCCGGGAGGGCGACGAAGAGGCGAGUCUGCCCGAGGCGUUGAUGCGGGAGCGCUGCAAGCAGACGGGCACUGUCACCUACAUCAACAUCACGGACAAGCAUCAGGGACAGAAAGGGCUGAUAUAUCCCGAGGCGCAAUGGGUAUAUGACAUUGAGCUACCCGCCGACGUGAAGCUCGAGCCGAAGGACGGCGAGGCCGAGGAGUUCUACCUGUGGACUGUGGACGAGGUGCAGGAGGCCAUGGCUCGGGGCGAGUUCAAGACGAACUGCGCGCUGAUAUUGCUGGAGUUCUUUGUGCGCCAUGGCAUCUUGACGCCCCAGAACGAGCCCGAUUAUGACGAGAUCGUGCGCAGGAUGCAUAGGAAACUGCUGUUCCCUGGUCCACAUCAAAAAUUCGCAUAG